AUGCCCAUUGCUGUUGGAGUGUCGACGCUCAAGUCUGAGGUGCAGGCUGCUCAGAAUGAACAGCCCGAGUUGGAGAAGGUCACUUGGUGGCAUGAACCCGGUCUGCGCAAACUUUAUUGGUGGGCUGCAGUGUUGUGCAUUGCCUCUGCGACUACUGGUUAUGAUGGAAUGAUGCUUAAUACCUCGCAGAAUAUUGAUCUGUGGCAGACCUACUUCAACACUCCCAGUGGCUCCAAACUGGGGUUGAUGAACGCAACCUACCAAAUUGGUAGUCUUGUCAGCUUUCCCAUUGUUCCUUUUGUUGCCGAUCGAUGGGGUCGAAAGCUUCCAAUUGUGAUCGGAUGUGUCUUGAUGAUUUUCGGAGGCUUGCUCGGUGCAUUCUGCAAGAACUACGGCAUGUACGUUGCCGGUAGAUUGUUCCUCGGUUUCGGUGGCAGUCUGGCCCAGAUGUCUUCCCCUGUCCUUCUUACCGAGAUCUGCCAUCCUCAACACCGUGGUAUCGUUACUACUAUCUACAACUGCCUAUGGAACUUUGGUGCAUUAGUUGUCGCCUGGAUUGCCUGGGGAACUAUGUACAUCCCCAACGACUGGUCGUGGCGCACCUUGGCUCUCCUCCAAAUUUUCCCUGCCUUGAUUCAAAUCACAUUCAUCUGGUGGGUUCCUGAAUCUCCUCGUUGGCUCGUCUCCCAAGAGCGCUACGAGGAAGCCCUGGAAAUCCUGUCCUACUAUCACGGAAACGGAGACAGGAACAAUGCCACCGUUCAAUUCGAGUACCGCGAAAUUAAGGAGACAAUCAGCAUGGAGAUGCAGUACGAGAAGAACAGCAGCUACCUCGACUUUGUGAAGACUAAGGGUAACCGUUAUCGUCUGGCAAUUCUGGUCUCGCUGGGAAUCAUUUCCCAAUAUAGUGGCAAUGCGCUGUUCAGUAAUUAUACCAACUUGAUUUACAACAGCAUGGGUAUCACUGAGCAGAACAAGAAGAUUCCGCUCGAUGGUGGUAAGACACUACUCAGUUUGAUCGUUGCUGUGACCUGUGCCUUCUUCGUUGAUCGGUUCGGACGACGACCUCUUUUCCUGGUUUCUACAGUUGGUAUGGUUCUCAUGUUCCUCGCCUGGACUGUUGUAUCCUCUGUCUACGAGAAGACCCAAGAUGUCAAAAGCGCAGGAUACCCACAGGUUGUAUUUGUCUGGCUCCACGCCGUGUUCUAUUCCAUCGCCUGGUCGGGUUUGCUUGUUGCAUACUCGCUCGAGAUUCUACCUUAUCGCCUGCGCGCGAAAGGCAUGAUGAUUAUGAACUUGACGGUGCAGGCUGCUUUGGUUCUUGGAAAUUACACCAACCCCAUUGCCUGGGAGGACUUGCCUCAUCACUGGAACUUGUCUCUCAUCUAUACUGUUUGGAUCUUCAUUGAACUCCUAUUUGUGUACUUCUUCUACGUCGAGACCCGGGGACCUACUCUCGAGGAAUUGGCUAGGAUCUUUGAUGGCGAUGAAGCUGUUGUCGCACAUGUUGAUCUGCACCAGGUUGAGAAGGAGAUUCAUAUCACUGAGAAGGAGACGACCUCCUAUGUGGAGCGUGCUUAG